UCAUAUCCAUCUCUCCCUGAUACUUCUUUUUAUCUAGCUUGCUUGUCAAUCGCUCCACCAGUGGCUGGCAAACCAGCAGGUGUUCCUCCUUGUGAACAUGGCCGCUUCCCUUCGCUUAUCGUUAACUGCUCGCUGUAGCCUCCUGCUCACAGCAGCACUUCUGGUCCUACUGCUGAGCCACGGGGCUCACGGUCAUGGCGGCGCUGGGUUGAGCUCGUCGUUCUACGACGGCUCGUGCCCAGGCACGCGCGACAUCAUCAGGCGCGUUAUCCAGGACGCCCGUGUUGCCGACGCGCGUAUCCCGGCUAGCCUCAUCCGCCUCCACUUUCACGACUGCUUCGUCAAUGGCUGCGAUGGCUCGCUUCUGCUAGACGACGACCCCCAGGCGGCCAUCAUGACCGAGAAGAACGUCCCCGCCAACGACAGGUCGGUGCGCGGGUUCGGCGUGGUUGACAACAUCAAGCGCGCGCUGGAGAACGCUUGCCCCGGCAUCGUCUCCUGCGCCGACAUCCUCGCCCUCGCCGCCGAGAUCUCCGUCGAACUGGCCGGAGGGCCGUCUUGGACCGUGCCGCUGGGCCGCCGCGACAGCACCACCACCAACAUCGAGAGCGCCAAGAACCUCCCCAGCCCCUUUGACCCCCUAGAGAGGCUCCAGGAGAAGUUCAAGAUCCUAGGCCUCGACGACACCGACCUUGUCGCGCUGCAGGGAGCGCACACCUUCGGGCGGGCGCAGUGUCAGUUCACACAACGGAACUGCACGGCUGGGCAGAGCGAGGGGGCGCUGGUGAACCUCGAUGGCGUCACACCUGACGUGUUCGACAACAAGUACUAUGGCAACCUCUUACUGGGUCGCGCCCAGCUUCCGUCGGAUCAGGUGAUGUUGUCCGAUUCCAUCGCGGCAAGGACCACCGCACCAAUCGCUCGCAGGUUCUCUGGUAACCAGAAGGACUUUUUCAGAAACUUUGCCGCAUCGAUGGUUAAAAUGGGGAACAUAAACCCGCUAACCGGAAGGGAUGGGGAGAUUAGGAAGAACUGUCGGAGGGUGAACAAGACGCCCUAUUGAGGAGUGAGGAAACAAGAUUCCAUGCAUGUUGAUGCACAUACCGUUUAUUAACUUGUUUUUCAUUCUUUUACGAGUGGUGGUAUAUAUGGCUGUGUAAAUCAUUGUUUCGAUUCGUUCUAACUGUAAAGUGUUUCUGUAUUUCUUCUUCAAAAGCAAAUGUAAUUUUUUUUU